UGCUGUAAAGAUUCUUCAUGACAUGCCAGGGCAUGACGAUGUGCAAUUUGAUAAGGAAUUUUACAAUCUUGUAAAUUUGCAACACCAGAACAUCGUGGAGUUAGUUGGUUAUUGCCAUGAAACCCGCCAAGAAUACUUGCCGUACAACAAACCUAAGGUUCUUGCUAAUGUGACUAAGAGAGCGCUUUGCUUUGAGUAUAUGGAAAAUGGAAGCCUUAGCGACUGUCUUUCUGACGAAUUUAAGGGACAUGGUUGGCGCAAUCGCUACGCUAUAAUUAAGGGUAUUUCCAAUGGUUUGAAGUACCUUCACGAGGAACUGAAGACUCCCAUUUUUCAUUUGGAUCUAAAACCGGCAAACAUAUUGCUGGAUAAGAAGAUGAUCCCGAAAAUUGCUGAUUUCGGAUUAUCCAGAUUCUUCAUGGAAGAUAAAUCCUAUAGCACUGAUAGUCCUAUAGGAACACGCCUGGGAGUUGUAGUUAUAAAGAUAAUUGCAGGUUCCAAAGGCCACUGCAGAAGUGCUGAAAUGACCUCUGAGCAAUUCACUGAGAUUAAAAGGCCAACCAUAGGGGACAUCGUUAAUAUGCUAACUGAUACAGAGACACCAGAAAACUAUCAUGGGGCAUUAAUUGACCAGAUGAGCACUUUCAUGGUAAAGGACACUGGCUUGAAAGAUGUUCAUCCCCUAAGCGCUGUCUGUGCAACAACGGGUGAGACGAAGACAUCUGAGGUCAUACUUCGUGAUGGUGACCGUAUAUUAAGGUCAAUGGAUGUGCACCCUACAGAGCCUUGGUGA